CUUUUGCUCAAGUUAACUUUACAUCGGGAAUUUCCGUUGCAUAAUCUUCUGAGGAAUACGAAGGCUUAAUAACAGCUGAUUCAUGAAUGCUUAAUAUUAGUGUAACGUAAAUAUACAUCUAAUAAGACGACUACAUCCAUCAAGAAUUAUUUUAAAAGGAAAGUACAUCACAAUCACCUCUCAUCAGAUCAUGAACAGCAAAAAAGGUACCAUCAUAAGAAUAAACACCAGUCAUUUAAGAAAGAAAGAAAGAAAGAAAGAAGGGAAAAAAACUGGAAAAAAAGAACAUUAUCUUGCAUCAAUCUAAAAGUAGCACAAAACUCGAAGAAAGUGUGCCGGAUGUGCAUGCAGACGACGUGGUCAGGAGACGGAACGAAUAUCCUUGUUGUGUAUAUAAAGUUGUUUAUUUAUUUGUGUACAUAUUUAACAUGAGCACCUGAGAAUUACCCGUGACUUCAGACUUUAAGUAACCGAAUACUUAUAAUGCAAGUCAAGCAGCAGCACAGAGAGCGGGAGGGGGUGCCGCAGGUGCCAAGCAUUCGGCAACCAACCAGAAGCUGGGGAUGAGCUUAGAGGAGGCCAAACAGAUUCUUAAUGUUGAGGAGCUUGACCUUGAGAAAGUGCAGAAGAACUACGAUUAUCUAUUUAACAUCAACGACAAAACCAAAGGCGGGUCCUUCUAUAUUCAAAGCAAGAUGCCCAGAGGAGGAGCAUGGAGGAGCCUAAGUGCAGCAAGGUUCCCACCUGGGAUAUGGGCAAGGAUACCUUUAUCUCAAAGCACCUGCCCAGCCCUGUCCAUAAGGCACUUUGCCACAGCCCCCCUCACAUGGGACAAUGUGCUGUCUGAGGCAAACCGUAAUCGCUGUGUCUCUUACAUGGAGAAGAUGAAGAAGCCAAAAAAGUUGAAAUGGGAAACCAGUAGAUUUGCCUCUGUCCUGAUUCCUCUUUGUCAUGUAGAGGGAGAGCUGGCUGUACUCUUUACAGUAAGGUCUGUUCAGCUAAGUAAGCACCGUGGGGAAGUAAGCUUUCCCGGGGGGAUGGCAGACCCCGAUGAUAAAGACAUCAUAGAGACUGCUCUGAGGGAAACAGAAGAAGAAAUUGGCAUAUCAAGGUCACGUAUUGAUGUCUGGGGAGUGAUGCCCAGCAUGCCCAGUAGGGCUCGUAAUACUACUGUCAGGGGGGUUCUGGCUUACAUUGGGGAGGUUGACUCCAGCUCAUUCACAAUAUCAGAGAAUGAAGUUGAGUCUGUGUUUGCGGUGACACUAAAAAAUCUCUGCGAUCCCGAAAAUGCAAGGCAGUGCCAGUUCCGCUCCAAGGAUAUAAAAGGAGGUUAUACCAUGCCUGUGUUCCUGGGAUCAGAGCCUCGUGUUUGGGGUUUGACCGCCAUUAUGUUGCACAUAGCUCUCUCAUCACUCCUUCCUGGGCUCUAUAAGAACAAACUUGUUCAUCUACCACAAUUGAUGGAAUGAAUAGUUGCAUUUGCUCAUUAGCACUGGAAUAGAGAAUUAUAUUUUUAUAAGUUAGAUGUACUAUAACUAAAUGUUUCUUUGUAUAUUAUGGGUAGAAACAGAAAUAUUUUAUCCUAAGGUGCUGAUUAUAGAAUGAAUGAAAGUUGAUCUUGAAAUUAUGGAGAGAACAUAUGAGUAUAUACACACACACACCAGCAUAUCUAUAUCUAUCCAUCUAUCUAUUUGUCUAGUAUCUUGCAUCUACAUAUAACUACUGUAGAUAUGUAUAAGUCUGUCUGUCUAUCAAUC